CCAGUUCUCUGCUCAUUUCCUUCUGGGUUAUUUUCAGAAAUUUUAGUCAAAGUCCUUAUAACUCUGUUCAUAUAAAAUUCUAUCAUUUUUAUGCAUUUAUGCCAUUCUGUUUGAUACUGGCUCUUGGGUUCAUGAUGGGUCUCUGCUCCUCUCUCAAAUGCAGAUGGGAGUAAUUUCUCCCAGUAAACUUAGGAUGAAACUAUUAGGAGUUCACAACUCCAGAAGAAAAGAAGGAACAAGCAAUUCAUCUCGAACUUCCCCUUCGAAGCUCGAAGAACUCGAAUAUGCAAAGAAUCACCUGCUAACUAAUGAUCUUGAUGAAGAAUCAACUCAGUCUUGUUCUGUAGAAUUAAGACCAGUAGAAACUGACAUGACCCAUUUGAAAUCUCACAACAUUACGAGACAAUUUCCUUACCAAAAUCAAAUUGGGGGCAGCUUGAGCUCAGUACAUCCGAUGAAGUCGAUUGAAGACGACAAUGGAAAUGAUAGCGGGUAUGAAAAUGGGAGCACUUCGAGUUUUGAGUUUCAUCUUGCAGAGAGAGCCUCGAAUCAUCCGUUCUUUAGGAAUUUGCCAUCGAAGUGGAACGAUGCAGAGAAAUGGAUACACCCUAAUGCAUUGAAGAAGAAUGUGGUACACAGUCAUGGUAAUCGUCCGAUGAUUGGUGAUUUGAAAAGGACUGAAUCGAUUAAUUCAGGUUCGCAGAAUGUCGCUGCGAAGUUUUCUUUUGUUCCUCAAUGUUUGCAGCCGAAAUUGUUGUUAGCAAAUGGAAUGAAUGAAUUGGGUGAGGUUCCUCGAGAUAUGGGAGAUUUGAGAGGUCAAUGUAGAAUUGAGAAGGAAGAGGAUCAGAAAGCAUCUGUAUCAGAAAAGCCUGUAUCUCAAGUGACAGCGACUCAAACUGUAGACUCUGUAUCAAUGAGAGAUAUCGGAACAGAAAUGACCCCUGUUCCUAGUCAAGAACCAUCAAGAACUACAACUCCUAUGGAAUCCACGACACCGACCAAAACCCCCAUAUCUUCAACACCAUCAACUCCCAGAAAUGGAGCUAAAUUCCACAAAAAUGUAUGCCAAGAUAAAGGUGGAAAGCACGAACUAUCUGAAAGAGAAUUGAAGCUAAAAACGAGAAGAGAAAUUGCUGCUCUUGGUGUAAAGCUCGGCAAGAUGAAUAUAGCCUCUUGGGCUAGUAAGGAGGCAGAGUCUGCCGCUCUCUCUCCGAAGAAUUUCGAUGCAGAACAAAAAGUGAAGGAAGAAUAUGAAGCCCGAGCGAAAGCGUGGGAGGAAGCUGAGAAAGCUAAGCAUAUGGCUAGAUAUACACGAGAGGGAAUCAAGAUUCAAGCAUGGGAGGAGCAUGAGAGAGCAAAAGUUGAGGCCAAAAUGAGGAAACUUGAGGUACAUUUCCUUUCUGUUUGCAGGUAGAAAUGCUUACGAAGCUCAAAUAAUUCCUGAAAGUUUAAUCAAUAUGAAUCUAAUUGAUGUUCAACAAGAAAAUCUUAUCGGUGUGCAUGAAUCAGUUCUGUAAAAUGCAAAAUUAACAUGAAACCACUAGCAUACCCUACUAUAUUGAGUAAAUAAAAAAAAAUUCUGCUCAAAUUAGCAUGAAUUAAUUCUGUAUUCUCUCAGCUCCUUGUACUGGUGAGCAAUCGAGCUUCAUUUUGGACUUUGCUCCAUACAUAAUCUGGACUCUGAUACCAUUCAGCGAGGAGUAACGAAUCCUCUUGGAAAUUAGAUGGGUUUUAAAUAUAAGUUUUGCAUCAAAUUACCCAAUACUGAAAAUCUAUGUUUAAGGCUUAAUGGACUACCAAAAUGGUUUGAUUACUCUCACAUACCUUCUUCAAUCUUACGGCUCCCUGAUAGGAGAGCCUAGGUUCCUUGUGCGUCACGCAUUUCCCUCGAAAAACUUACGACCGAGCUGACCCUCGAUGGCAC